GUGCUACUAGUUUCUGGGGAGGAGAAACCCAACUCAAGCAUGUGCACUAGCCGCGAAGCGAAUUGCUGCUGUAGUUUAUGUAGAGCUCGCUUCACUGGAGAGAACGGCAGCGCUGUUACCUAAAAAACUACAGCCCCCAGAACCCCAAGCGAGAUCACCAGAAACGUCAACGAGCCAGUGAACAGAAGCGGAGCAGACCAAAAUCCCAAACAAGGAAAUGAUGGGGAUGAAAACGCGUAUAUUAUUUAAUUAAUGCAUUUAUUAAUUAACAUUUAAUUUUUGUAUUGUAAAUUAAGACAUAUUUAUGGGUUUAAAAAAUGGACUACGACUUCAAAACGAAGCUUGCGGCUGAGCGGGAGAGAGUGGAGGAUCUCUUUGAAUAUGAAGGUUGUAAAGUGGGUCGAGGCACCUACGGGCAUGUUUAUAAAGCCAAGCGCAAAGACGGGAACGAUGAAAAGGAGUAUGCACUGAAACAAAUUGAAGGUACUGGAAUAUCCAUGUCUGCUUGCAGAGAGAUUGCGCUCUUGAGAGAAUUGAAGCACUCCAAUGUGAUUGCACUGCAGAAAGUGUUCCUUUCUCACAGCGACAGGAAGGUCUGGCUCCUGUUUGAUUAUGCUGAACACGAUUUGUGGCAUAUUAUAAAAUUUCACCGUGCAUCGAAAGCCAAUAAAAAACCAAUGCAGUUGCCAAGAGGGAUGGUCAAAUCACUGCUUUAUCAGAUUCUGGACGGGAUUCAUUACCUACAUGCAAACUGGGUGCUUCACAGAGACCUUAAACCAGCCAACAUCCUGGUAAUGGGAGAAGGCCCUGAAAGAGGAAGAGUCAAAAUAGCUGACAUGGGGUUUGCGAGACUGUUUAAUUCACCGCUUAAGCCCUUGGCGGAUCUGGACCCUGUGGUAGUAACGUUUUGGUAUCGUGCACCAGAAUUGUUGCUAGGAGCCCGACAUUAUACUAAAGCCAUUGAUAUAUGGGCGAUUGGCUGUAUCUUCGCUGAGCUUCUCACAUCAGAACCAAUCUUUCACUGUCGCCAAGAGGAUAUCAAAACAAGCAACCCCUUUCACCACGACCAGCUGGACAGGAUCUUCAGUGUCAUGGGGUUCCCAGCAGAUAAAGACUGGGAAGAUAUCAGAAAAAUGCCGGAAUACCCAACGCUUCAGAAAGACUUCAGGAGAACGACGUAUGCAAACAGCAGCCUCAUUAAAUAUAUGGAGAAGCAUAAAGUAAAACCUGACAGCAAGGUUUUUCUUCUGCUCCAAAAACUGCUCACUAUGGAUCCCACGAAAAGGAUCACCUCGGAGCAGGCAUUGCAGGAUCCCUACUUCCAAGAGGACCCUUUACCUGCUUCUGAUGUGUUUGCUGGCUGUCAAAUCCCAUACCCUAAAAGAGAAUUUUUAAGUGAAGAUGAACCAGAAGAAAAGGUUGAGAAGAACCAGCAGGCCCAGCAGCAGACAGCCCCAGUACAAGCUCAGCAGCAGAGCAGCACGCAGACAAACGGGACAGCAGGAACUGGGGGGGGCACAGCGGGGGCAGAGCUGCAGCACAGCCAGGAUCAGGUGCCUCCCAACAAGAAACCUCGCCUCGGUCCCUCCGGAACCAGCACGGGCACAGGCAUCAUGCAGUCUGGGACCAGUACGGGCACGGGCAUCAUGCAGUCCGGAACCAGCACGGGUGUUGUGCAGUCUGGAGCCAACACAGGCACGGGUGUCAUGCAGUCCGGAACCAGCACAGGCGUCAUGCAGUCCGGAACCAGCACAGGCGUCAUGCAGUCUGGAUACCAGCACUCAAGUUCCCGCCUGGGUUACCAAAGCAACGUCCAGGGGUCAUCACAGUCCCAGAAUACUAUGGGAUACUCAACUUCAUCUCAGCAGAGCUCUCAGUAUUCACACCAAUCUCAUCGGUACUAACAAGCAGUGUGUGUGUGUGUGUGUGUGUGUGUGUGUGUGUGUGUGUGUGUGUGUGUGUGAGCUGCAACUCGCCGUGGACUCCAGACUCCAGCAAUAUGAAGUGAAAUUAAACUGCAAAGAGGAACCAAAAAGACUGUGACCCAGACAACUGUCCUUUACCCAGAGCUAAAUAAUAAUUUAAUUGAAAGAAAACUACUUUUAAACACAUGAGAAAAAAAAAAAAAAAGAAAUCAGUCUGGAAUUUUGUUGCAUUAGGUUCAGCAUGCAGGUCUGUCUAACCCGGUCCUUUAUGCACAAAAGACCAGUGUGAACUAUAGCUCUUCGAAUAGAAUUGCAGCUCUGUGUAUAUCUAUACAGCACCUUUUCUAUGUGGUAACGAGACCCUGUUAUUUUGUUCGUAGAGUUUUAAGUUUACUACAAGCUUAUUGUUUUGUAAAUGAUUUUGUAUACUAGACUUAUGGGAUGAGAAACACAGGAGAACACCAUUAUGUUCAAGGAAACCUUUUCAUGCACUGUACAAUUUUACUCUUGGAUAUCAUUACCUGAAAACACAACUCUUCCUCUGCAAUCUACUUUUUUUAAAAACAACUUCUUACAAGCGGCAGCUGAUGACCUUGCAGGGAAUACGUUUUGUGCAAAGAUAUGCUGAGAGAUUCUACUCCUCUUUCAGUCUCUUUUCUGGAGAGAAGCACAGCAACCGGCUGCUGUUCAGCAAGUACGCUGGGCAAUAAAACCGAUCACGCUGCUGUGCCACACCGGGUCAAAUACUCCCUACAUUACUGGAAAGCCAGACGUUUAGCUGCCUUCAAAAGCUGCCACAUCAAUGUUGUCACUGUACAAAGGGGUCUUUUUUUCCUUUCAUUAGCAUUGCUUUUUUAUGCAAAGUUACAAAUGCAACAGACAGAGCAUUAUCAUUAAUACCUUUCAUGCUACUUUUAACCCUGCCCCUACAGGUUUUCACUGUGCUGUUACAGCGUACUGUAAAGAACAGUAUAGUGAAACCUCGAUUAAGACUGACCUGGUCAGCUUGUCAUUUGGGUUUACCCUUGAAAAAAGAUGUCCUUUUAAGCUUUCCAUUAGACCUGGUCAUUGUGUUUGACUUUGAGAACCACAGUGGGGAAAUUAAAUCAGUGUUCUAUAGGCACUUAUUUUUUAAGCUUCCCCUUUGUGUGCUAUCUGUCCUGCUGCAUGAUGCCAAACAAAACGUAAUCUUGGAAGCAAACCUCGUGUUCUUAUGGGGAGCACAGGAAUAGCGAAACUGACGCCACAGUGACCUCUUAUGGCUAUAUAGGGACACUGAUUGUUAACACGGGGAACCCUUUUAGAAGCGCUGGGAGUGCUGCCUGGCAUCAGCCGCAUCAACCACUGACACGCCUGUGUGAAAAAC